AUGAAUUCCUUUGGCGUCGAGGCCGUCCCCCGCGUCCUUUGCAUCCCGGAGUUGUUGAGGAGGGUUUUUGAGCUGUCAACAGAUCAAUCAAACGCCGUUCAUGCCGCUAUCUGCAAGACUUGGAGCGAGGAAGCGACAAGGGUCAUAUGGCGGGAUGUCUCAACUGAUCGCUUGUUCUCGUUGUUGGCACCACUGAGGUCCGGGGAAAUGCUCGAAGACCUUUCUUUCGCUCGCGAGAUUGACGAAGACGACUGGGACCGCUUCGAUAGAUACUCACACAAAGUCCGUUCGCUCCGGUUCACUCGAGAGUACAAUCCAUCCGUUUUCAAGGAAAUUGCACUGGGGCGACGUCGCCUGGACUUUCUACCCAAUCUUGUCGCCUUGUAUAAUGCCCAACCAACGUUACUUUUCACAUAUUCGACUAUCAAACAUCUGAUCUUCACCGAAGACAUGUCUUCCGCUCACGAGAUCAUCGCCUGGCUGGGGAUAAUUGAGCGCCGAAUGUGUCAUAUAGAGCGGCUUCAUAUUGAGCCCUAUUUGCACGAACCUCUCAGCGACGUUCAAGCGGCAUUCACAUCUGCACUGAAGCGCAUGAAGCGUUUGAAGGAGCUGGACGAGUUUGACGUCCACAUUAACUUCGGUACGGCAAUGGUUUAUAUCCCGACGCUCAAUGGCUUUCGAAUGCUCCGCGUCCUCAAGAUUACGUCGGGUGAGGAGGAGUCAUUUGAAAACUACAUCACCCUACUAGAUGUCAUUUCACUACAUUGUCCAAGACUGAAAAUCUUGAAGCUCGCCAUGGACGAUCCGCCCGUCACAAGGGUCAUCACCGAGCGCACAACAAAAUACAUCUGCCGAGUUCGACACUUGUUGUGUUCCCUCCAACACUUGGAGUCGCUGACGUUUCGGAAUUUUGGGGUGCAGGGAUUAGUUCCCUUACGCGAUCUACCGCACUUCGCACACUCGACUCUGACGGUUCUCCACCUGGACAUCGACUCGGGGCUAACAUCGGACGACGUCGUCCCAUGCGACUUUCCCAGGCUGAGGAAGCUGCAUUUCGGACCUACUUCGACGCCCAUCUCACAACCGACUGAAGUAGCAAGCUUCCUGAGCCGUAUCCUACCCUCGAAUUGCGAGAUCUCUUCAGAACCGGACUCGCGGAUCGAUUGCGAGAGUUUGAAGCAGGUGCGAACUUGGGUUCCCAUCCUCAUCAAGGCUCGAACAGAGGGGAGGGCAACAGGUGCGGAGUUGAUAAAAGAAGAGUCGGUUUGA